AUGACUCCUCCCCGUGGGCACGGUCCCGGCGCCGGCCGAGGAGGUCGGGACCGAUCGGGCCAGAGCGGGAGAGCGGGAUCAGGCUGGAUGCGUGCUCUGUUCCCCACCCCUGCCUCCGGCCCAGGCCACCGCAGGGUUUGGAGGCGGAAACUGCAGCGACAGCGGGAAUCCGCGGCGUCCCCGGGACGGCCCGGGCGGAACCGCAGGGAGACGGGCACGGCGAAGUCCAGAAGAAUGGGAAGAACUGCUCUUCCCUGGGAUUCGUUCCCCGGCUGCCAGGAUGGGCCCAUCUGGUUCCCCGUGCGCUCUCAAAUCUAUCUACAGGCAGAGAAAUCCACGCUCGUCUUUCUAGGGAAUUCAUUCCGUUGUGUCCCUCGCUCGGAAUCGGCUCCUUCUCAGGCUCGGCGUCCCGCAGGCGCCGCGGCGCGGGACCUCCUGCCCAAAGCGACCGCGCGGGCCGCGAGUCCUCUUCCCGAGAGCCGAGAAUGCCAGAACCUCGGAUCCCGGAACCGGGUCCUGAACCGGAUCUGCGGAGCUAAGAGGGCCCGAGCCCCUGCUGGAACUCAUAGCUUAGCCGCGGAGAGAUGA